AAAGUGUGCUUUGAAUGACAGUACAGUCUACAAAUCUAGCACAUAAUGCCUUUCUUGCAAAGCAAAAUUAAUACAUUAAUCUCAUCACUUAACCAUGUGAUUUUUCUUUUCAUUUUGCCCUGAUAAAACUUUUUUACAUUCUCAUUUAGACACCAUUUUUGACCAAAGGUGACCAAAUUAAACAAAAUAGCUCUUCCUAAAAUUAUAACAUUGAAAUACCUUAUUAUUCACAUCACGUCAAAGCCCUAAUUUAACAUUUAACAGAACAAUUUAACACUGCCAAAUUACAAUCAUGACUUGAUCGCGAAUCAUUUAGGCUCUGAGAUGUAUGAUCCAAUGUCCCCACCUAGUGGUCACACUACACAGUUGCAUAAAUACAGAGCACAUCGGUUACCUUACUUCAUAUAGCAGGCUAUGGCAGACAGACAGGUGGUUAACUAUAGAACCGUGCCCUGAUUGGCUAAGACGAUCUCCCUCUCCAUCCCUAUCGAUGCAUGCUGGUCAUUGUAUUGAUAACCUGCUCGCUUAUUCCUUCUAGCGUCUUCCCUUUGCCUGGAGAAAUAUUAGGCUACAUUCAUUAAGAGUGUAGCCGUUAUCAUAGUGAAUAAUAGGGUAGGAAGGCAGACAACAUGACCAUCAGAAACGUACGGGAUCAUGGACAGAGGUUCCGACCUAGGAUGGCAUGUCUCAAAAAGGUGGAGUCUGUGAUGCUGGAGAUGCAGGAUCCAAAGACUGGAGUCAAGUCACAACCCCAGAGACUGGUUAUCACUACUAUACCUCACGCUAUCACAGGUGAGGACAUUGUGGCAUGGCUAACCAACUGCUACAGUAUAGAGGCAGAAGAGGCGUGGGCUCUGGGCACCAUGUUGGUGGCGUUUGGGUACAUCUACCCCCUCCAGGAUCAUAAGCGACUAGUCAUCAAACCAGACGCGUCUCUCUACCGCUUUCAGACACCAUACUUCUGGCCAGCCCAGCAGUGGCCUGUAGAGGACACAGACUAUGCAAUAUACCUGGCUAAGAGAAACAUCCGCAAGAAAGGAACACUGGAGCUGUAUGAACAGGUGCAGUAUAACAGCCUUCACAAGUGGAUGAACCAUAAGUGGGACUUCAUUGUGAUGCAGGCUAAAGAACAGUACAGGGCGGGGAAGGAGAGGAAAAAGCCGGAUCGCGUGGUGUUUGACUGCCAAGAGAGAGCCUACUGGGUGGUACACAGACCUCCGCCAGGGACCGUCAGUGCAAUGGACUACGGACUUGAACGCAUGGUAGACCCCAACACAGAGGAGAAACAAACUUCAGACUUCUUCAGAAGAAUUAUGAUUUUUACGCAGCAGUCCAUCAUGAGGCCGAGGGUCAAGUCGUCUGUGUCUAUCGGAGCUCUUGUGAAGUACUCUGUCACCUAUAAUAAGCACGACCCUUUCCUAGCCCCCUGUCUCCCUAGCAACCCCUGGGUAACUGAUGAUGUCACCUACUGGUUGCUCAACAUGGCGAAUGUGGAAAUUCCUACUAAGAUGCGUGUGGAGAGGUGGACCUUCAGUUUUGGGGAGCUGCUCUCUGACCCUCGAGGCAGAGAUGACUUCAGACUCUUCCUCAAGAAGGAGUUCAGCGGUGAGAACCUGGCGUUCUGGGAGGCAUGUGAGGAUCUGAAGUGGGGAACAGCCGCUACCAUGAAUGACAAGGCCCAGCAGGUCUACAAGACUUUCUUGACGCGUGGCGCCCCCCGGUGGAUCAACAUUGAUGGGAAGACCAUGGAGGUGACAGUUAAAGGGUUGAAACACCCUCACAGAUACGUACUGGAUGCAGCUCAGACACACAUCUUCAUGCUGAUGAAGAAGGACUCUUUCGGGCGGUACCUGAAGUCUCCAGUGUUUAAGGACACUCAGAAGAGGGCCAUCUGUCCUGACCAACACAUGUUCAGUGUGUCCCAGUUGGAGGCCAAUGCGAGGAAGCGUCGACCCAGCAUCAGUCCCAUCAUCGUCCGCCAGCUGGAGCAGGAGGAGAAAGCCAGGAUGGCCACCAGUGGCCCUGUGGACAUCACACAGGUCAUGAGCAAACUCAGCAACAAGGGCAAGGAGGUGGCCCCGUCCAAGAAAUAGACCAUAGACACACUCACAUGCAUAGACAUGAAUACACACACUUCUAUAAGUACAAACACAAGCACACACACACACAGGAUACACACCAGC